UUACAGAAGAUAAUAAUAUAUCAAAUCGAAAAACGAAACGAGAAUAUUUACCUAAAGAACCAUCAUUAUUAGAAAAACAUUAUAGUGUAUCAAAAAAGGUUCUCGGAAGAGGAUCAUUUGCGGUAGUAAAGGAAUGCACAGAUAGACAACAAAUGUUAACUACAGAAUUGGAUGUUUUGAAACAAGUAAAUCAUCCAAAUAUUGUCUCAUUACAUGAUCUUUACGAAACCAAAGAUGCGGUCUAUAUUAUUACCGACUUGGCACUUGGUGGUGAAUUAUAUAAUCAAUUACUACAAAGAGGAAGUUAUACCGAAAAGGAUGCAGCAAAUUUAAUUGAACAGAUCGCUCAUCGUGAUUUAAAACCAGAGAAUCUAUUAUUUAGUGAUAAAUCCGAGUUCUCAACAUUAAAGAUUACCGAUUUUGGUCUAUCGAAAAUAUUAAAACAUCAUGAUGAUAUUUUGAUGACAGCUUGUGGUACACCAGGAUAUGUGGCACCAGAAGUAUUAACCCAAAAUGGAUAUGGAAAAUCUGUAGAUAUUUGGAGUAUUGGAGUAAUCCUUUAUACAGUUUUAUGUGGAUAUACACCAUUUUGGGGGGAAAAUCAAAAAGCAUUAUUUGACAGUAUAUUAAAAGGUGUAUAUCAUUUUGAUGAAGAUUAUUGGUCAGACAUAAGUGAUGAAGCGAAAGAUUUAAUUAAUAAAAUGUUAGAAUAUAAUCCUGAUAAAAGAAUUACUGCUCAUGAUGCACUUCAACAUCCAUGGUUUAAAUCAUUAGGUUCAUCAGAAUUAUUUGGUCAUAUAGAGAAUGAAAUAAUUGAUGAAUAUACUAAAGAUGUAAAUGAUGAAAAAAUGGAGACAAAUAAAAUAUUAAUUAAUACAAAUUCCAUAUGGUCAAGUGAAGGUAGUGAAAGUGAUAUUUCAUCUAUUUAUAGCAUUUCUACUACAAGUUUAUCUCUUACACCUAGUAUACCGAAUAUACCAUAA